AUGGCUUUCUCUCGUCCUUUAUGGAUGUUUUGUAAUUGUAUAAUUCUUGCCACCUUAGCAGCAGCUGAUGUCUCAGUGGUAUCUGGAAAUUUUUCGCAAUCGUUUAAUGAUAUCAGAGCUGACUUUGGACCAAGUGUUUCGGAAGCUGGAUUAUCAGGUCGCGGCGUAAUUGCACAUCCAUUAGAUGGAUGCUCGCCAAUUCGAAGACCUCCGAAUGAUCUUACAUUCUAUUUUGCGAUCAUAAAGCGUGGUUCAUGUCAUUUCGACUUGAAGGUUUAUCAUGCUCAAAACGCAAAUUAUAAGGCUGUAAUAGUGUACAAUGAUUUAUCGGACCGCCUCGAGAAGAUGGACGGAAAAAACUAUACAAAUCGAAUUAAUAUUCCUUCGGUAUUUAUUGGAAAUGCAUCUGGAGUUCAAUUACUCAAGACUAUUAAGCGUGAUAGUGGUGCGUUAAUCAACAUUUACCCUGAAUACAAUUUCCCGUGGGACUUUUAUUUCAUACCCUUUGCUAUCGUGAUUUGCAUUAGUUUCCUGAUUAUGUCAUUGAUAUUGGUUUGCAAAUGCCGUGAAAUGUGUAUAGCUCGUCGUGAGACUCGAUUAGCUAGAGCUAACCUGAAUCGCCUAAAAGUAGUAAAAUUCAAGAAAGGCGAUGAAUAUGAUGUUUGUGCAAUUUGUUUGGAUGAGUAUAACGAAGGUGAAAAGUUGCGAAUCUUGCCUUGCAAGCAUGCUUAUCAUUGCAAGUGUAUAGAUCCUUGGUUAACAGACAAUAAGCGAGAAUGCCCUGUGUGUAAGCGUAGAGUCAACUUGUCUGCCCGAGAUGACUGUGAAAAUCCAUCAGAAAACACACCGCUAUUAGCAAAUGCUUAAUACCGCGACAGCACAUCAUUCUUAUAGUGAUCAUGAUUAAUCUCAAAAAUUUAGGGCUAUUACUUAUUGUGCACAACUAGAGGAUGAAUUUGUUAGCUGUAAAUGUUUC